GGACAACACCCCGGCGCCCAUACAUAUUUCCUCCUCAUCCCGCAAAACACCUACGCAUUCAUCUUUCUCAAUCCAUUGAAGAAACCAAACAAUGGCAGAACACCCUUCUUUCACGCUUGCAGGUCUGCUGGCCGUUGGAGGCACAGCAGGCUAUCUCCGAACCCGCUCAACACCUAGCCUCGUGGCGGGAAUCGGAUUGGGAGCCAGCUACGCUUUUGCUGGCUACCGCAUCAAGCAAAACCAAGACUACGGCACGGAACUCGCGCUGGGAAAUAGUAUCAUGUUGGCUGGCUCGGCGGUUCCGAGGAUUAUUAAGACGGGGGGACGAGCGCCAGUGCCGAUUGCGCUGGGGGUUACGGGCGCGCUGGCGACGUGGUAUUAUCAGAAGAAGGUUAGGGAGUUUAGGUAUGGGGUGUAGAGUUGAUGUAUUGAGUAUGUGAAAAGAAGAACAGGGAAUUGUUUGUGUUUUUGAGUGUGGUGAUGCGAGAAUUAUGUUUGAAUUGAUUUGACCCUUGAUGUAUGGAGCUACUAGGUUUUCAUGAUUGCGGUAUGGAAUAGUGGAUGGGACGUUCACUGUUGUUUACUAAUGCUGCACCAGGCGCUUUGCGUGAUCAAUGUCGGUCAUCGUCUUGGAAUCAAAGCUUCGUACAGGAAAGGUGCUGAUGUUGUCGAUAUAUCUGGAACAAAGUACGGCCUUCUAAGUAUAAGGUGAUUGUUUCUGGGGUAAUCAUUUGGUGCAAAAAUCUUACUAACAGGCAUUGCGCGCUCAGCAGGCAGUGCGUGUAUGGUUGGAGACGCAAUCUUCAAACUUAUUUUCUAUUCCAAGUGAG